UGCUCUUCCAUCUGCAGAAGAGAAUAGACUGCGGCUCUGCCUGGUAUGAGGCAGCACGGAUGCACACGUACAGGCCGCUCAGAGCUCCUGAAAAGCGAGAGAAAUGACACACGUGGGAGCCUCGGCAGGGUUUGCCGCAGGAAGCAGACGCAUCCGUAAGAAAAAGACGGAUGAGGGACGCCUCAUCAGGAGCAGCUUUGCAGUGUGAAUUAGGAAGAAGGCUCCAGCCAUGGAGAGGAGACUCUGCUGGGGCCAAGGAUCAGAUGACAGAAUCGUAGAAGGAAAGAGCUAGAGGGAAGCACGAGCUUGCUCCUUCUGCUGGAGCUGGGAAAUCCAUCUGCUCUUGGUUCUCGGGCCUUCAUUAAAUUCAUUAAAGAAACACAGAAGAUGCUGCAUAGUUCUUAUUUUGGAGAUGUCAUCGACACUGUGCAAAGCAGUGUGCUAGCUGCCAGGGGAAAAUUCUAUAGUCAUAUUUCUUAAGUUUCCAAUAUGCUCCCAUGACACAUGGCAAAUUCCCAAUUUUUCACAGCUCUAAAGCCAGACAGUAUAUGUGUGUGUGUGGUGAGGACAUGAGGCUAUGGAUGGGGAACAUCUCAAGGGCAGGAAUCAGACACUCACACGGACCCUAUGGAAUCCUAUAUCCUGCUGGACAAAUCACCCCAUGGAUCUAGGGAGCCCAGGAAGCCUCAGCCUCAGCCUGAGCCUCAGACAUGCUGCUGCCCCUGCUGCUGCUGCCCCUGCUGUGGGCAGGUGUCCUGGCUAUGGAUCCAACAGUCAGGCUGGAAAUGCAGAAGUCAGUGACAGUACAAGAGGGUUUGUGCGUCCUCGUGCCCUGCACUUUCUUCCCUCCCACACCCUCCUACCCCAGGAAUUCCCCAGUUCAUGGUUACUGGUUCCGGGAAGGAGCCAUUGUAUCGUUGGACUUUCCGUGGCCACAAACAAGCUAGAUCGAGAAGUACAGGAGGAGACCCAGGGCCGAUUCCGCCUCCUUGGGGAUCCCAGUAGGAACAACUGCUCCCUGAGCAUCAUAGAUGCCAGGAGGAGGGAUAAUGGUUCAUACUUCUUUCGGAUGGAGAAAGGAAGUGCCAAAUACAGUUACAAAUCUACCCAGCUCUCUGUGCAUGUGACAGACUUGACCCACAGGCCCCAAAUCCUCAUCCCUGGAGCCCUAGACCCUGACCACUCCAAAAACCUGACCUGCUCUGUGCCCUGGGCCUGUGAGCAGGGAACACCUCCAAUCUUCUCCUGGUUGUCAGCUGCCCCCACCUCCCUGGGCCUCAGGACCACUCACUCCUCGGUGCUCACGAUCACCCCACGGCCCCAGGACCACGGCACCAACCUCACCUGCCAGGUGAAGUUCCCUGGAGCUGGUGUGACCACGGAGAGAACCAUCCAGCUCAAUGUCACCUAUGCUUCACAGAACCCAAGAACUGGUAUCUUUCUAGGAGAUGGCUCAGGGAAACAAGGAGUGGUUCAGGGGGCCAUUGGGGGAGCUGGUGUCACAGCCCUGCUCGCUCUUUGUCUCUGCCUCAUCUUCUUCAUAGUGAAGACUCACAGGAGGAAAGCAGCCAGGACGGCAGUGGGCAGGAUCGACACCCACCCUGCCACAGGGCCAGCAUCCUGGAAACACCAGAAGAAGUCCAAGUUACACAGCCCCACUGAAACCUCAGGCUGUUCAGGUGCCGCCCUUACUGUGGAGAUGGAUGAGGAGCUGCACUAUGCUUCCCUCAACUUUCAUGGGAUGAAUCGUUCCAAGGACACCUCCACCGAAUACGCAGAGGUCAGGACCCAGUGAGGAACCCACAAGAGCAUCGGGCUCAGCUAGAAGAUUCACAUCCUCUACAGGUCGGGGACCAAAGGCUGAUUCUUGGAGAUUUAACACCCCACAGGCAAUGGGUUUAUAGACAUUAUGUGAGUUUCCUGCUAUAUUGACAUCAUCUUAGACUUUGUAAGCAGAGAGUCAUGGAAUCAAAUCUGUGCUCUUUCAUUUGCUAAGUGUGUGAUGUCAUACAAGCUCCUUAACCUUCCAUGUCUCCAUUUACUUCUCUGUGAAAUAGGUACACGAAGUCCUAUCUCACAGGGAUGCUGUGAGCAUUAAAUAAAGGUACACGUGGAAAACGCUA